AUGGAGACAUUGAAUUUCCUCUUAAUAACCUUAACGAUUGUCAUGUCUAUUUCAACAACAACAUCACAAUCACCCAUUCAAAAUUUUAUCAAUUGUUUUUCUCCUAAUUCCUCUGUCUCUCAAGUCAUUUACACACCAAACAAACCUUCAUUCUCAACCAUCCUCAACAUGAAAAUACUUAACAAGAUAUUUAAACAAGCAACAACACCAAAACCCUUGGCAAUUAUAACUGCAAAAGAUGCUUCUCAUGUCCAAGCAACAGUUAAAUGUGCCAAAAGUAACAACAUUCAAAUUAGAAUCCGAAGCGGCGGUCAUGACAGUGAAGGUUUCUCGUACGUAUCAGAUGUGCCUUUUGUUGUACUCGAUACAUUGCAUCUCAAUUCAGUUGAUGUCAAUGUACAAGAAGAAACAGCAUGGGUUGAAUCAGGUGCAACAAAUGGUAAGAUUUAUUAUACCAUUGCAAAGAAAAGUGAUUCGCUUGCUUUUCCAGCUGGGGUUUGUUUUACUGUAGGUUCUGGUGGUCAUUAUUCUGGUGGUGGAUAUGGAAAUUUGAUGAGAAAAUAUGGUCUUUCGGUUGAUAAUAUCAUUGAUGCAAAAAUUGUUGAUGCCAGCGGAAACAUUCUUGACAGAAAAUCAAUGGGAGAAGAUCUAUUUUGGGCUAUAAGAGGUGGUGGUGGAGCUAGUUUUGGUGUUAUUCUUUCAUGGAAAAUCAAAUUGGUUCACGUUCCUCCACAAGUUACUGUUUUCAAUGUCUCAAGGACUGUGGAUGAAGGUGCAACUAAUAUUGCUUACAAAUGGCAAUUUGUUGCACCAAAAUUCGACAAAGAUCUUUUCAUUAGAGUCGUUCAUAAUGUUGUUCAAAUUGGUGAAACAGGUAAAAAGACGAUGCAAAUUAAUUUUGUUGGUCAAUUUUUGGGGACAGUUGAAAGGCUUUUACCUUUGGUGAGUGAUAGUUUUCCAGAAUUAGGUUUGAAGAAAAGUGAUUGCAUAGUAAUGCCUUGGAUUAAUAGCACUGUUUUUUGGUAUGAUAAACCAGUUGGCACUCCAAUAGAAUCAAUGUUGGAAGGUCCAAAAGAAUCUGAUGCCAUGUAUUUCAAACGUAAAUCUGAUUAUGUGAAGAAACCUAUUCCAAAGGAAGUUAUAGAAUCUCUAUGGAAGUUGAUGAUUGAAGGUGAGACUAUGUUUGUGCAAUGGAAUCCUUAUGGCGGAAGAAUGGAGGAGAUAUUGCCAUCAGAAACACCGUUUCCUCAUAGAGCAGGGAACUUGUUCAUGAUUGGGUAUUUUAAUAAUUGGAUUGACGAAUCUCAUGGAAAUACUAAAAUUCAUUUGAACUUUUCGAAAUCGGUUGAAGAAUUCAUGACUCCCUAUGUCUCAAAUUCUCCUAGGGAGGCAUUCCUCAACUAUAGGGAUGGUGAUGUUGGUGUUAAUCAACAUAGUAAUGUAACGAAAUUUGACAUUGCUAGAACUUAUGGAACUAAGUAUUUCAAAGAUAAUUUUGAAAGAUUGGUGAGUGUGAAAACUAAAGUUGAUCCAGAGAAUUUUUUUAGAUAUGAACAAAGUAUACCUACUAGGAUAUAG